CGAUAAAUAAAUCAAGCACCUGUAGACUGCAACCUGUUGAUUGUUUACAAUUUUACAGGUAGAAAUGCCUGCCAACGCAAACAGUAGCCAGUUAGCGGGUAGUCCGGCUAAAAACAGGAAGAAAAAUCCAGAUUAUUGCGGCAAAACAUUCCUGCGCAAUGUUUUAUAUGUUUUCAAUUUCAUAUUCUUUGUGUCUGGGCUGGCAUUCCUAGCAGUUGGUCUGUAUGUGGUUUUCGACCGUCACUCGUUUGUCAGUCUGCUAGGAGGCACCAUGUUCCCCGUGACGACAUAUAUACUGAUCGCAACUGGUGCGCUCAUCCUGAUCAUGGGAGUGCUUGGAUGUGUGGCCUCCUGCCAGGAGAACAGGUGUCUCCUUUUCACUUAUGCAUUAUUCCUGCUGUUGAUAUUCCUGUUGGAGGCUGUGGCCGGUGUGCUAGCAUACAUGUACAACGGAGUGAUUCACGAGGAACUGACGAGAAAUCUGAAUGACACGAUGAUGAACAGCUACAAGUAUGAUGCCACACUCACGAAGGCCAUUGACGAUAUGCAUGUUGAGUUCAAAUGUUGCGGUUCACGAUCAUUUGAAGACUGGCGUCACUCCAAGUGGCUGAAGUCUAGCAAUGACUCCAGGAAGACACCGGACAGUUGCUGUAUUACCGUGAGCGAUCUGUGUGCCCUCAGAGAUCAUCCAUCCAAUAUCCACUACCCGGGCUGUGCAGUCACUCUUCAAACAAUCACCCAAGAGUCCUUGAUUCUGAUUGGAGGAAUCGCCCUCGGCUUCUGUUUCAUACAGAUAUUCGGCAUCAUAUUCUCUUGCUGCCUCAUCCGCAAGGUGAAGGAGGCCGAGUAUCGCUACUGACAGCCAGAGAAGGUCAAGCUACGUGUCACUUUCCGGCCCAGCUCUUCAUUCAAUAGCUUAUAAAAUCAAACUUGUAAAAAUUGCAAUAAAACUGUUGUCUGUUUCAUUUAAUGACUUGAUUAUGAAACACUGGAUCCUGAUCUAAGCAAAUAUACGGUAUAUGAAAACAAUCUGUACCAAUUAAAUGUAAAUUAAAUUUAAUUUUGAGACUAAACGACAGUUAUUAACAAUUUUUUAGUUAAUUUAAGUAAACAGAAUUCUGAUAAUAAUUAGUACAUGUACGUCUUAUUUCAUUUCCUGAAACAAAUGAGUGUUUAAGGUUAUAAUUGUUCAUUUUAAAGAAGGAAAUUAAGUGUUGGAAAUUUUUAUUUUAUACACUAUACAUGUAUGUUAAGAGAGAAAAAAAUACAUCAUUUACUAGUACAUUCAGAGACAAUUAGCUAUUUUUCACUUAGCAUACACCUUUAUAAUUUUUUAAGCAAAUUAGUAUACAGUUAUAUAUAUAUAUAUAUGCAUGUAUACAGUUUUGUACAAUUACAGUUAUUGUAUACUGGUGUAAAAGCUUGUAAAUGUAGUAAUUUGGCCAAGUUGUUAAAAAAAUUAAAAUCGUUAAAUUAUGUUGAUUAUUUAAGGUUAAUUUAUAGCUAUUCUAUCACUUUCAGUAAGUUUUAUGUUUGUAAAAUAAUUGCACAGUUGUUCUAGAUGCAACUUUUAAAUAAUAGAAAUGCCGUAGUGGCAAGCACAAUUGUUUUGCACACAAAUGCACUUAAUUUGUAUUCACAAGGGAGGAUAAGUCAUGAAAGUAUUUCCUGCGCUUACUAUUCAUUCAUGUCUCAGUGUGUGCAUUAUUAUUUUCUCUAUAACAUUAAUUUCCCCUUUUGCCACCUUUUUGUGGUCAAUUAACUUAAGUUAUUCCUACAGGGCCAGUAUUCAAUAUUCGAUAUAAUUCUUAUUCUUCUCCUUAAUUAAAAGAUAUUUAUUUUACAAUGAUUGUGAAACAAUUUAUUACAACCUACCAUAUAUUAAUCACUCUUGUUGGCAUUAUUUUAUAUGAGAGUGUGGUCUUCUGUUGUGGGGGAAACUGAAGUACCCGGGGGAAACCCACUUGUCUGGCUUGGUGACCACAAACCGAACUCACACCACACUCAAAUUCUACUCUUAAAUUCAAGUUUAAUCUAAGAUGGUUAUUUAAAAAAACCUGGGGCUGUUUCCAGUAUAAUUCUUAUCCUUGUCCUUCGCAGGCCUCAGUGAUUCCAUUGGGCAGUUAUUUUUACUGUCCAAUCAAAACACUCAGAUUCUAUUUUUAAAUUCAAGUCAAAUCGAAGAUGGUUUUUGAAUUGAAUACGACCCCUGGUCAAUUUUGAUGAACAUACACACCUUUUUCAUGAUUCAUCAUUUCCAUAUAUCUUACUGGGAUAGUUUGUUAAAUAGUGUAUACUAUAGCUAUUUUAGUAUCUCAUGCUAGCUUGACCUUCAUUUUUGCUUCGUUAGUUGUCAUUAUCUUGUAAUCCCCGAAUCAGAUUGUGGGAUUGAUUCUGUCUGGGCUGGACUUUCAAUCAUGUCUCACUCAUUAUUCUGCUUUGUAUUUUUCAUUUUUUUGUUGUUUUUUAUUUUAGUUCAUUAUCAUGUAGCAGUGAAGAAACUCUUUCGUAGGUGUUAGCAAGUUCUUAUUUUGUUUUUUUGUAUUUUCCCCCAUUUAAUUCCAACUGAGAAAAAAAAACAAAAAAAAUAUUUGAAUCUUCUUUUGUUUUCUUGUAACAAGGGGCUCAUUGCUCUCAGCCUUGUUUAAGUAAAAAAUGUUGUUAACAUCAUCAUUGUUUACUUUCAAAUCGUUACUCAUCUGGAUGUUUAAUUUAUACACUUGUGAUUUGCAGUAUUUCUAACAAGAUUUGGGACAACUACUUCAGCUGUACUUGUUUCAUUUAAAUAUAUGAGCACAACAUUAAAUGUUUAAUGUUUCAAAGUUAACAACAAUGUCGCUAUUCAUGUUAACUACUUAAGAUGAAAUAUUUUACGAUAUGCUGUUAAAUUUAAUUAAAACAAGCACAGAUUGAACAGCGGUUUCAAAUUUUGUUAAAAAUAUUUCAUAUCAUAGGUGUAUCCAUGAAACUUCCAGAGCAGUCAAGAUUUGAAUAUUAACAACUGUUAAGUGAACAAUGUUAUUAACUUUAAUGUAGUUUAGAACAAGCAGUCAAAUAUGCUAUAAGGUUUGAUAUUAUAAUAAUGUCCAUGAGCAUUUUAAAGCAAUAUUGCUGUAUAAAAAGGAAUAACGUAUUUAUUUCUCUUUUCAUAAGAAUUAUAAAAAAAACGUGCAAAUUUAAACUCAUGGUCAUUGUAAAAUUGAAUGUGAGUUAUUGAAGUGUUCAUAUUAUGUAUUUGCCAUGUACUCAUUUUAUAUCUGUUUGUAUUUGUUUGUAUUUUUGUAAAAACAAUGUACAUUCGUGCCAAAAUUGUAUGAAUUAAGCUUUAUGCAAUAUGAUACUGAUAAUUACAUGAUAUUUUGUCAUUCAGAUCACCUCGGCCAUUUUCUAUUGAAAACAACCUCGGAUGUAUGCCGGUACAUAAGUAGAAUAGUAUUCAUUAAUUGAAGUGUUUUAACGUGUUUUGUGUAUUUUUAAGUCUAAAUUGCUUGUCAUUGAAUUGUACAUUGCAUAAAUAAUUAUGAUUCCCAAGAGUAAAGUGCUAAAUUGAAUUUACUAUGCGAUUUACUUGCAGCAUAGUUAAAACUGUUCAGAUUUCUGACAUUGUAAACCGUCCAUUUGUAUCUGAGUUUUUUUUUCGAAGGAAAAUGGCCGAUUAGUUCUGAAGGGUUACUUUGUACAAAGACUUUUCUUUGGUUGUCUGACUUAUCUCCCUUUGCAAAGUGUGUUCUAAUAUAGAUAAUAAAUAGAUUUGUUUUUUAUUGUACAACUUUAGCGUUACUUAUUUUACAACUUCAUUGUAUUUUGGAUUAAUGUCACACGCUGCUUUAUUUUUUAGCAUUUAAUAUUUAUCAUUAGACAUAAAGUUGAUAUUUGUCAUUAAUGGGUUCCAUUAUACAAAUAAACUUGUCCUAGUAACAAGCCACUGUAUUGACAAUUAUGUUAAAUAUUAAGGACUUUAAUCCCAUAUAAUUUUAUUAUCAUUUUGGUCGGAUUUAACCCGCUGAUAAUUAAUAAUCGAGACAUUGUAAAAUAAAUGAUCGUUUUGGCAAUAAUGUUAAAGAUGAAUGGAUGGUGAUCCCGUACAAUUUUUUAUUAUCGCUUAAAAGUACUUUGCUUGCUGAAACUUAAUAUGUUAAUUAUAUGACUGAACAUUAUAGAAAGAUAUAUUGUCAUUUAAAGAUAUAUUGUCAUUUGUAUUUUUGUUAUUUAUUUAAACUGUAAUCUGCCAUGAAAUUACCGUUUCUGCAAUAUUUCAAGGCCAAGAAAGCUUGUUUGUAAUAUUAAUUCUGAGUUUUUACAUACUCUUUCGCUUUGCAUAAACACCUAACAAAAGAUAAUAAAGUUGAUAUGGAGUCACAAGUCGAGUCACAAGUCAUCCAAAGAUUACAUAACAGUAGAGUGGGUACCUUUAUUAAAUUAUUCAUGAUUAAUUGAAGACAUUAAUGGGAGAAAUAAAUUCAUAAUACCUUCUCAUGUUUAAAUAUGGUAUUCACUUAAAAACAAAGCAUAUACAGUCGAACCCCGUAUUUAUGUAAAGGACCGCUUUCUUUAUACUAAAGCGAAGCAUUUUCGCUUGGCUCGGAAUUUCUGAGGCUCGAAGUAUUAUCGCGGGUCCCUAAGAGUUCGAGCUAACGGGUUUCCACUGUACUGUCUCUUAUCCUUGUUAAUCCAGAAGUUAGUCAUGUAAUAUGGAAUAAAUCAGAAACAAUGUAAAUGUUGCUGUAAUCAUUAUUUGUAAUUAUUAGAAAAAAUAUUGUUUUUUUUUUUUUUAAUAGUAAAAAAAAUACAUAUGUUUCUAGUUGUACAAUAAUAUAAGUUUACAUGUAGUUGACUCCCUCAUUGCUAAACAACAUUCCACGAAAGUUUGGUUGUGUAAGUUAAAACUUGUUAUGUUUGAAUCAGCGCUUCGUUAUAUCAUCAGCAUUAUUAAGUUUACAGCUUGACAAGGAAGUGUUACAGCAUUUGUGUUGUCUACAUUGUGGAAUUUGUUUUGUCUUAUUGUUAUCAAACUUGAUACAUAUGUUCACAUUGACAUUGAAGCCUGUGUAGAAAGUCCAAAAACUCUUUGUUUACUAUUUGUUGAGUUAUGGCCCUCGAUACAUUGAGUAAAAAAAAAGAUAAACAUUUACAUGUUCUUAAUUUGUUUUGUUAAUUCAUUGCUUUUUGUAGAGAAAUUGCUUAACCCAGUUACAAGAAUUGCUUUUGUUUUAACCACGAAGUUCUGAAUCUCAUUUACAUCUUCCUUGUUCGAUGCCAAUCAAUCGGUAUAAGAUAAAAACCAUACCGCAAUUACCAAUUUUGUUUUGUUGUUCAAGUCAUUUUUGAGAAUAAUAUUGUACUAAUAGUACAAGUAAAUGUUGUUUAGUACAAGGGGUUUUGAAGUUUAAAAGAAUAAUAAUUGAAAAGAUCAAUCAUGAAAUCACGAUUUAAAUUUUAAACAAUUGUCAAGAUUGAUUUUUGCUCGAAUAUUAACAUCAAAAGUAUCUUAAAAUAAUAUUAAAGCUACACUCUCACAGAUUUACGGUUUUGACAACUUUCUUUAUUUUUUUUGUCUUUGAUGAGGUAAUAUUUGUGCAAAUAUCUGUAAACAAGUGAUUUAAGAUUUCUGACAAAAGAUUAGAUUGCAGAUUUCCCUUCAAAAAUGAAUGUUUUGGACUAAAAGCGUUACUAACGGUUUAAGAAAACUGCAUGAAACAUCAUUUUUUGAACUUAGAUAUGAAAAUCUUAUAUCACUGGUUUCCAGGCAUUUUGUGAGAGUGCAGCUUUAAGGACCAAAGAAACAAUUUCAAAGAGGUCUAAGUCCCUUUACUAUGCUUUGGGAUAUAAUUCCUAAUUCUCUGACUAUUUUUCAGUAUUUACAAUUCUCAGCAGUUUGAACUCCUGUAAUAUACAAAAUCUUGUUAAACCUUUUAAAAAACCUUUUGGUAUUAUUCAUGUAUAAAAACCUUUUGGUAUUAUUCAUGUAUAAAAACCUUUUGGGAUUAUUCAUGUAUAUGAUUAUUAUUGUGUAAAUACACAUGUACCUUUAUUUAAUAAAAUAUAAAG